GAGCAGCACAGGACCACACACAGUCUCACUGAAUCAGUAGACAUGGAGGAUGGGAAGCCUGACCUGCUGCUGGUCAAAGAGGAGACGAUAGAAGACGGACCAGAGAGCAUUGAUCUGCUGAGUGGACUAAAGAUGGGGGAGCAAGGUGGUUGGCUCGAGGCUAACAGAGCAGACUGGGCGGCCAUCUUGGAUUCCCAGACCCAGGCGUGUGCAGCUAAGAGCCCAGGGGACAACAUCACUGAGCAGGCCAGUACCAGAGGGGACAUAGUGGAGGUCAGUGGAUGGGACAGCAUCCUCAAUUCUGGGCUUGGGAACAACACUGUUAACCACAACCAGAAACAGACAGUUGAACACAAAACAACAACUGAAUUUAGUCUCCAUGACAACAGACUGGCUGACACCAGGGCGAGGCGUAGAUUUGGUCUGCGGGGACGAGGAGGUGUCCGUAUUUGUCUGGAGAGAACAGACACAGACUUGACUAGCAUUGAUCCGUCCUGCUCCUAUAGUUGUGAUUCAGAGAGACUGAUGGUCCCUCUAACAGGUGCUGCAUUCAGCCUGCCUUCUAUAGGAUCUAUCAACUGGAACAUGAACCCUGCAACAGCACAGACACUCCCUGGCCUUCAUCCUCCUCAUACUCUCCUCCUGUUAAACCAGACCUCAGACAAUGCCAGUGCCUCAACACUAAAUGGCUACACAAGCCCAUUGACAAAUUACAUUAGUAGUAAUGCUAUCAGCAAAUACGGAGGCAAAGAGAAGCGCUUCCUGUGUUCAUUCUGUGGGAAAGCCUUCAGUUUCCCCAAACAGGUGAAGAUCCACCAGAGGAUGCAUACUGGGGAGAAACCGUUUGUCUGCCCCCUAUGCCGGGCCAGUUUCUCCCACCCGUCCAACCUGAAGAGGCAUCAGAGGGUCCACACGGGUGAGAAACCCUACAGCUGCCCCCAGUGUGAGAAGAGGUUCUCCCACCAGCACCAUCUGAAGAUGCACCUGAAGAUCCACACAGGAGAGAGGCCGUUCACCUGUACGCUACCUCAGGAUGCACCAGCAGAAAAUGCACACAGCCAUGUAUAGAUUGUAGUGAUAUGUAGUGUAGUACAAGUUAGUAUGUAGUGUAGUACAAGUUAGUUUGUAGUUAAUUCUGUUGGUUUUAGAUGUAUAGAGAACUGGAUGAGGAUAACUGAGGAAAGAAAGAGUAUGAUGAGGCAGAGUAGAUGAUAUGGUGAUGGUUGGUGUGAUCGUGUCUGUAAAAAUGCUUCACUGAUAAAUUGAUAACCUUGUCUUUUGGUUUGAUGCUGGUGUUUUAUAAUGAGGAAAUUAUAGUGCCUUAAUUCAUGUUUACUUUACUACUUUAUGUAAAGAUAUGUGUAUUGUAAUGUUGAACCUUUUCCAAAGCGAGGGCACCAGAUUUACAGAAAAGUUAUUUUACUUGUCAUGUAUCGUUUGUGCAAUAAAAGUACUGAACUUCA